UUGAUUAAUACUCGUAUGGACACUUAUAAACUUGCGCGCAUGCGCAUACAUUGUUUUCGAACGAAGAGGACGUAUGUAAUAUAAAACAGUUCUAUAGUGAGCGGGAAACAGACCACUUGUUUAAACAGAUAUAAAGUAUAUAAAUAUGGCGAAUGAAUAUUUAAAGAACAAGUGGAGAAUGUGGUUUGGGGCCAUCGAUGCAGAGCAUAAACAUAAACUUUCGCAUGAUGAUAUAACUGCAAAAGAGAAUAGAUUCGUCAUACUUAACCACAUUGAGGGAGACCAAAGGAAACAGGUGAUGGCGACAAUAGAUAAACAGGUUAACGAAAAUGUAUUCUACGGAAAGCCGGGACCGAUCUCUGAAGAUGAGUUUGUAGCCAUGCAAGAUGAAGACUUUAAAGCCGACAAGGAGCAAUACAUUGCUAAACGACGAAAUUAUUUCACCAUUCUUUUCCAGACCAUGAAUUUGUCCGAAGAGGGUGUUACUGAAGAAGUAUUUGUGAACGCAUUUAGAGCCAGUGGCCACGAUAACAUAGCGCUUGAUAAACAGUUCUAUCAUUUGUACAAUCCAGUCGAUGGAAAAGUGCCAUUGAGCGCCUUGAUCGAUUCAUGGGUCCAGUUCACAACUUGUGAGGACAGCUCUAAACCGGACAUUGUCAAAACUGGCCUGGAAACCGGCGUGUAAACACUAACACUGCAUUUUAAGUAAUUGAUUCUAGUGUUGCAUUUCACGAUAUACAUUUCGUUAUCAGGAAAUGUCUGUCAGUCUGUGUUCCGGUGAUGGACUAGCCUAACACAUACUUUGUCAAAACUGAUUUUUACAGGUCUAUGUAACAUUCAUAAUCAUAUGUUUACUUAGACAUUGAAAAUUUGGAUGCUGCUUUUUUAAUUAUCUCGUGUAACAUUAACCUAUACAUGGUGUAGCGAAUUGUCAAUAACCACUUUUUAAAUCAAAAUACAAAACUUAAUAAUGUUCUAAAUGAUAUAUCGUAAGCUUAAUGAUGCUUCCAAAGUUUCUAGAUAUGUAUGUACUUAAAAAAUCGUUGUGCAAUAUUUCUCAAAAGUAGCAUAAUUAAUCAUGUAUGUGUACUGUGACCAAUUUAUUCUUUUAUAUGUGUUGGCAAAAAAUAGAAGCACUAAAAUUAUAGCGAAACUUUUAAUAAGUUACAGCAUUAUUAUUAUACUCAUUUAAGACAAAUGUAUGGUUUAAAUUAGUAUACAAAUAUCCUUGUGUCAGAAUACAAGUUGUAACAUUCAUUAGUUCAAAUAUUAAUCAUCUAAGUACAGCUAUAUAAUUAAUUCAAUAAACUCUUUAUACUUUU